AUGGCUUCAGAUGAAGGAGAAACUAGUCAAUCAAGCAGUUCGGAUUCAGAAUCUGAAGACAAACAAUCCAGUGAGUCUGGAAAUGAUCAAGUAGAAGGUAAAUAUACAUUCAAAAGCAAUAAAUGUGUUUUAGCUUCACCUUCACAAACCACCAGCGACGAAGAAGAGGUGGAAGAAGAGGAAGAAGAAUCUGAAGACGAGGAACCUAAGAAAAAACAAAAUAGACGUUCUAAAAUAGAUGUAGCUACACUUAAUGUGAGUUUGUACACAAACUUAUUUAAUUUAUUAUCCUUUCAGUUAUUAAAAGAAGAAAACCUUGUUAGAAGGUCGAGUAGAAAGCGAAAAAUAGAAGAAGAUUCAGAAGAAGAAUCGCCUCGGCCGUCACGGGGGAAGCGGAAAAAGUAAGUGAUUUUCCUUAUUAUUAUUUUGUCUUUAGGAAAGGUUCGUCUUCGGAAUCUGGCAACUCCUCGUCUUCAUCCGAGUCAGAGGAAGAUUAUGAAGAAAGUCCGAGGAAAAAGCGAAAACCCGCCAAAAAGGUUGCCAAAGGGAAAGCCCCUGCCCGGCGAUCGAAAGCCAAAUCAGUCAAAGUGAAUUACCAAGAAGAAUCUUCAGAAUCCGAGGACUACAAUACAGAUGAGGUCUUGGAAUGGGAUGAAGGCAGAGCUAGUGUUUCCCCAGAAGAGAAUCAGUCAGAAGUCGUCGAAAGAGUUCUAAAACAUCGCUACGGUUUACAAAAUGCUAUAGGAUCGAAUACCACGGAUUAUAACGUUCAGGUACAAGGAGAUCCGAACGCCAAAGUCGACGAAGUGCCAUUUGAAGAAAGAGAGUUACAGUUUCUGAUCAAAUGGCAAGGAUGGUCACAUUGGCACAAUACCUGGGAAUCCUCUAAAAGUUUAGCAGCUAGUGGAGCUAAAGGGUCUAAGAAGAUAGACAACUACAUAAAGAAGAUGCAGGAGAUUGAGUUGUGGUGAGUUUGCACUAUAUUUUCAUUCAUUCAUUAGUUUUUUGAAAAUUAGGUACCUUUACAAUUACACAGUUUACUUUUCAGGUUAUUAAAAUGUAUAGGAAAUCAUAUAAAUUGGUACAAUAUUAUCAAAUAUAAGAUUCACAUAAAGAUAAAUAUUAAAGUCUUAAUAUUACUUAUUUUUCAGGAAAAGAAGUGCAGACAAAGAAUACAUUGAGGUAUACGAUUGUGAACAAGAAAUGAAUGAAGAGUUGUACGAGCAGUACAAGAUAGUGGAGCGAGUGAUUGGACACCAAGUGUCCCGAGAUAAGAAUGCUGAUGGAGAGAGGCAGUACGAGUAUUUUGUCAAAUGGAGUUGUCUGUCAUACGGAGAUUGCACAUGGGAAGACGAGACCUUGAUCCGAAGACAAUACUCUAAUAAGAUCGACGAAUACAACAGGAGGACAGAAGCCAACACAGUACCUCAUAGGAGUCAGCAUGUAAGUUGGUGUUGGUUGACUUUUUCUCUAGGAUAAACUGCUUAUUAUGAUUUUUGAUUAACUGAUGCUGAUCAUCUUACAACGGAAGUAAAAGACGGUAGUAAUUAACUAGUGGCAGCUUAUAUAAAUUAUGAUAUUGUAAUUAAUUGUGUCGUUUUAGUAUCGCAAACGACCAAAGUUUGAAAAGCUGGAAACAAUGCCAGAUUACCUAAAACAGAAGAAAAACCCAGAGAUGGAGCUGAGAGAUUACCAACUGCAAGGUCUGAACUGGCUGUUGCAUGCUUGGUCUAAAGAGAACAGUUGUAUCUUGGCUGAUGAGAUGGGAUUGGGUAAAACCAUUCAGUCUAUCAGUUUCGUGUCUUCUCUCUUCCAUCUACAUCAGAUUUAUGGUCCCUUCUUGGUGGUGGUACCCUUGUCAACGAUGGCCGCUUGGCAAAGGGAAUUCGAAGCAUGGGCUUCUGAUGUCAAUGUUGUUACUUAUGUUGGGGACGUUACUUCGAGAGAACAGGUAUGGAUGUUUAGUUCAUCGGUGCAUAUAACGUUUUUUAUUAAUGAACUAGGUUUUUGAUGACUUCUUUUUUUCGUAAUAUUAAUAUAAACAUUAUGAAGACUUUGUUGAUGAAGUGAAUUACAGAUCCGACAAUAUGAGUUGUACCAGCAAGGAACAAAGAAGCUUCGAGUCAAUGUCUUCCUCACUACUUACGAGAUUCUACUUAAAGACAAGGCUUUCUUAGGUACCUUCGACUGGCAAGCGUUGUUGGUUGAUGAAGCUCAUCGACUGAAGAACGACGAAUCAUUGUUGUAUCAAUGUCUGAAGAACUUCCACACAGCUCAUCGUGUCUUAAUCACAGGAACACCACUCCAGAAUUCCCUUAAAGAGCUCUGGGCGUUGUUACACUUUAUCAUGCCUGAACAGUAAGUUUUUACUUUGUCAUAUAAGUACGUUUUCGUUUUUUCAUGCCAGAUGAGUAAGUUAUUUCAUUUUUACGUUCAUUUUUUAGAUUCUCAAAUUGGGACGAGUUCGACGCUGCUCAUCAGGACCGAGAUCACAAAGGCAUCUCAUCUCUGCACAAGAAACUGGAGCCUUUCCUGAUUCGGAGGGUGAAGAAGGAUGUGGAGAAGUCAUUGCCGGCCAAAGUCGAACAGAUCUUACGUGUUGACAUGACAGCUCAACAGAAGCAGUUCUACAAGUGGAUUCUGACCAGGAACUACGAAGAGUUGAGUAAAGGUGUGAAAGGGUCCAUCAACGGUUUUGUCAAUGUUGUUAUGGAGCUAAAGAAGUGUUGUAACCAUUCAUCGCUAGUCAGGCAGUACGACAAUGUUGAAUAUGAAGCACAGAGACGACUUCAGGUAGGUAUUGAGACAUUUUUUGUUAUAAAUGUUUUACAAAGUAUUUUAAUUCAGAAUUUAUAUCUAAAAACAUUAAAAUUGUAUUUCUAAUCAUACUUUUGUAGCAAUUGCUCAAGUCAUCUGGAAAACUGAUUCUUCUGGAUAAACUUCUAGUCCGUCUGAAGGAAACUGGUCAUAGAGUUUUGAUAUUCUCUCAGAUGGUGAUGAUGUUGGACAUUCUACAAGAGUACAUGUCUCUUCGAAGAUUCGCAACUCAACGACUUGAUGGGUCUAUGAGGUCUGAUCUCAGGAAGCAAGCUCUUGAUCACUUUAAUGCAGAAGGCUCAAACGACUUCUGCUUUUUGUUAUCUACCAGAGCUGGAGGAUUAGGUAUCAACUUGGCUACGGCAGAUACCGUGAUCAUCUUUGACUCCGAUUGGAAUCCCCAAAACGAUCUUCAGGCCAUGAGUAGGGCUCACAGAAUCGGACAGAAGAAACAGGUAAGCAGUUGUAAUUUAUUUUUUUAUUAACCAGGUACUAUGUUUUAUCCAUUUCCUGAUCAUGUUAUUAAGCUUGUAUUUAUAGGUGAACAUCUACCGGUUGGUAACCAAGAACUCAGUGGAAGAGAACAUUGUCGAAAGAGCUAAACAAAAGUUGGUACUUGAUCACUUGGUCAUUCAGAGGAUGGAUACUACUGGUAAAACAGUGCUCUCGAAGUCGGCUGUCACAAACUCAAAGAUUCCAUUCGACAAAAAUGAUCUGAAUGCCAUUCUCAAGUUUGGGGCAGAAGAACUGUUCAGAGAGAAAGAAGGUGAAGAACAGGAACUCGAAGUCGACAUUGAUGACAUUUUGAGUGGAGCUGAAACCCGAGAAUGCGACAAUGUCGUAAGUUUUCCUUAAUUAUUCUUUUUUUAUCUUUGAAUUUUGAAAGUGAUUUUAAAUGUUGUAGGAAACCGGUAACGAACUUCUGAAUUCGUUCAAAUACACCAACUUUAUCCUCGACGAAGAAAAGGAUUUGGCCAUGUUGAACACGGAAAAACGAAGGUUAACCCAAACUGGCAUGACUGAAGCUGAAAACAAGUCCUGGGACGACAUCAUCCCCAAGGACAAGAUUGAAGAGAUCAAGAACGAAGAACUUCUACAACAAGAAGCCCUUCUGAAUCUCGGUCCAAGACAGAGAAACAAAGUGAAUGGAGAUGACACAACACACAUCUCAGACGACGAGAAGAGGAAAAAGAAGAAGAAGGGGAGGAAGUCCAAGAAUGCUGUGUCAGAUUCAGACAGUUCAGGGUCGGAUUCAGAAGGCGGAGGCAAACGACGCAAUGGCAAGAAGAAGGUUUUGUUCAAUUUCACAGAGAAAGAGAUCAGGAGGUUCAUGAAGAGCUACAAGAAGUUCUCCUUUCCCAUGGAAAGACUGGACUCCAUUGCUCAAGAUGCCGAACUCGAAGACAGAAGCACCACCGAGCUUUUAGAACUGGCAGAAGAGAUUAAGAAUAGGUGUACGAUAGCCACGGAGAGCUACUCAGUUGAAUCGAAACCAGAAGAAGAGGGUGGAGAUGGUGGCAGGCGGAAACAUGUAGGUUCACUAUUUGAUUUUAAUUUUAGACUAAGAUUAUUGUGAUAGGCUGGUCGUCAAGCUGAAUGUAAAUCUUUAAAAAUAAAAUUUGGUUUUUCAGGACCGUGGCCCUACCUUUAAAAUUGGUAAUCUUGACGUCUACGUUAGGCCGUUACUUAAAGCUCAACAAGACCUGGAACCUCUACAUGAACUGGUCAAAAAGUACGGAGCCGCUCUGAAGGGAUUCACAUUACCCAGCAAAGUAAAAGACCAAAACGGCUGGGAUAUGGUGUGGACGGAAGAAGAUGACGUAGCCUUACUGAAGGGUAUCUACAAGUACGGUUACGGUAGCUGGGAGUCAAUCAAAAUGGAUCCCGACCUUGGGUUAGCCGACAAAAUCCAAGUCAAAGACAAAACCAAGAAACCACAGCCCAAACAUCUACAGACGAGGGUGGACUACGUAGUACGGUGUAUAAACAAGAUGAACGGAAAGGCAAAGAGGAAAGCUCCAAAAACACCCAAGACGCCGAAGACGACCGUCAAGAAGACGAUAGUGAAGAAGGUGAAGACGAAACGAGAAGAAAAGACUCCAGGACGGAGGGAUGACAAGAAGGAGAAGCGGGAGGACGACCAUAAGGUGAGGACUGUAGCUUUUUUCUUAUGUUCAAAUCAUUGAUGGUAAAAGUUGUUUUUAAAAUUGAUUUUUCCUUAAAAAUUUACAUAUUGUUUUAGGACGAUAAAUUCCGCCAAUCGCUGGGUAUCAGAUUCAAUAUCGAAAAGUACGGAAGUGCUCUUUCGGACAAAACCGCCGAGCCAUUCCAGAAAGUGGUGGAAGCGUUCAGGCCGAUGAUUAAGUACAUCAAACGAUUAGUCAGCCCUGAAACCGACUUUGAACACGAAGGAGUGAAGGCCCUGGUCAAGGUUGGAGACUUCAUCGUCGAUUUCAUCAAGAACAAGAAGUAGGUUUACACUUUCAAAUUUCAAAGUCUCGAAAAAUAUCUCAAAAAUAUCGAGAAGUGAGAUUACAUUCUCACUGCUUCAGGAGCUCGUCGUGGACGACUGACCGCUGGUUCAACCUGAUGUGGAUCUUCGUCUCCUCCUUCUUCAACCCGGCCAAAGACCCCAAGUCCUUGUUUGAUCUGUACAUAAAGCACGGUCAGUCGCGUGACCACAAACACACCAGUAAGCACAACUCCUCCUCCGCCCACAACCUCAACAGUAGCAGCGUCAAAUCGGGUAGCCAUCGACACGAUAAGCAUCACAGUCGACACCAUCAUCAUCACUCCUCCGACACCCCCGGUCGCCGGCCCGGAACAAUAUCAUUACAUAACAAGAAAUAG